GCGGAGGGGAGAGGCGGGUGUUACGUAAAGGACGUAGUGGUGCCGAGGGAGAAGCGCGCUACGUUACGCCUAGCGCGUAAGCCAUGUUCGGGAAUAGCAGUUAGGAAAGGCGCGCUUCGCAAACACCGUAGGCAAGCGCUGACUUUGCGCAAAUGACGUGACGGCUCCCCCCGCUGCCGCCAGGGGGCGCCACGCGACCAGCUGACAGGCGCGGGGACGGGUGCGCACGUUGCGUAGAACAGCCGGGCAGCUGCGCAAACGGCGGAACGCGCUGCCUAGACCGCAAAGUACGCGGGCGUGGGAGCGCGGCCGCCGCCGAGAGUGGUGAGCUGUGCCAGGAUGGCCCCAGCCUGCGAGCGGCUGCACUUCCGCUUCCCCGGCUACGGGGACGGAGUGCUGCGGCGCAUGGACCAGCUGCGGGCGCAGCGGCGGUUCUGUGAUGUGACGGUGCAGGUGAAUGAGCUGCGGGUGCCGGGGCACCGCGUGGUCUUCGCCGCCUGCUCCCCCUUUCUGCGCGACCAGUUCCUGCUCAGCGACUCGUCUGAGGUGUCCGUCUCACUCCUGCAGAACCCCGAGAUCGGCCGCCAGCUGCUGCUCUCCUGCUACACCGGCUGCCUCGAGGUGCCGCUGCCCGAGCUGGUCAACUACCUGACGGCCGCCUCCUUCCUGCAGAUGGGCCACGUGGUGGAGCUCUGCACACAGGCCGUCUCCCGCUACCUGGUGCCCAAGGCUGGGGGGGAGCAGGCGGGCCGCGGGGAGGAGGAGAAGGGGCCCUCCCCCAGCCCCCUGCCCGGGCAGCAGCAGGACGGGGCGGAAGGGGCCGGGGAUUUCAUGGCGGGCCGCAGCAGGCCUUCAUCCCCGGAGAUCUCCCUGCCCCUCAUCAACUCCGCCGUGCAGAUCACCCGCAGCUACCUUCAGGGCUGCUACAACGAUGAGGUAGCGCCGGGGGGGCCCUGCCCCCCACCCCUCACCCAACCGGGGGGGCUGUGGCGGGGCUGCCCCCUGCGCCGGCGCCACCUGGAGCCGGCCCGGAAGGACAGGCCGGCGGGGCUGGGGGCGGCCAGGAGGGCGCCGGAGCUGGAGCGGCCCUACCGCUGCCCGCGCUGCGAGGGCCUGUUCCCCCAGCUGGGCGGCUUCGUGAGCCACGUGCGGGAGCACAAGCUGUUCCUCUGUCUGCGCUGUGCCAAGGUCUUCUCCCAGAAGAGCAACCUGACGCGGCACCUGCGUGUGCACACCGGCUUCAAGCCCUUCCAGUGCCCCAUCUGCCGCAAGUGCUUCACGCAGAACGCCACGCUGCAGGACCACCUCAACCUGCACAGCGGCCGCAAGCCGCACCGCUGCAACUACUGUGCUGUGCACUUCACCCACAAGCCGGGCCUGCGGCGCCACCUCAAGGAGCUGCACGGCAAGAGCACCCUGCAGAACAGCCACGAGGAGAGCGAGGAGAUCGCCAGGGCCUGCGACUGAGCGCCAGGGCCAGGCCGCUGCCCUUGGACCAAGCCACAGGGCCACAGGCUGCCCUGGGGAGGGGUCAUGGAGCCAUAGACUGAGCCACAGGAGCUCACAGACUGAGCCACGGGGCCACAGGCUGCUCUGCUGAGAGGUCACGGAGUCACAGGCUGCCCUGGGGAGGGGUCACGGAGUCACAGGGGCUCACGGUCUGAGCCACGGGGCCACAGGCUGCUCUGCGGAGGGGUCACAGAGUCACAGGCUGCCCUGGGGAGGAGUCACAGGGGCUCACGGACUGAGCCACGGGGCCACAGGCUACCCUGGGGAGGGGUCACGGAGCCACAGGGGCUCAUGGACUGAGCCACGGGGCCACAGGCUGCUUUGCGGCAGGGUCACAGACCCAUGGACCAAGCCAUGGGGGCUCACAGGGCCACAGCCUCCCUUGAGGAGGGGUAAUGGACCCACGGACCAAGCCACAGGCCCACGGCCUCCCCUGUGUGGGGUGAGCCAUGGAAUGAGCCACGGAGGCUCACAAGGUGCUUGGCACAGCCAGAGCCUUCCCUGAGGACCAGGGAUACCACGGACUGUGCUAUUCCCUUCGGUGUGGCGGAGCCACACCAGUAUAAUGGGCCAGACCAUUCUGAGAGGAAGGGGGAUCUGCUCAGGAGAGGACUGGACCAUUCUCUGCUGAGGGUGACCCUCUCAGCUCAGAUCAUUUGCUGCGGGGGGGGGAGGGGGGCAAUAUUAAUUCUUAUGACCCCCAAAUUCUCUAGGAUCCAAAAGACUGUGGGGGAAGCGCCAGAGCAGGUAGUUGGAAGCCAGGACUCCUGGGUUCUCUGGAGGUCAGUGGGACGGGGAGGGGUAGCAGCCCCAUGGUGAACUUCUCUUGUAAACCCAUUGUGUUUAUUCACCCCCAGUACUAGGGGCACCCCCCACCCUCCGAGCAGAGGGCCCCGGGAGCACAGAUUGGUGGAGGGUGGGGUCCUAGGCUUGGCUGACCCAGAGCUGGGGCCUCCAUCUCCAGCCCUGUCCUUGGAGAAGGGUGGGGAAGUGUCACAAAAACUUUAUUCCUAUAAAGUUUUGCUUUUCACA